AUGGCCUCUCUGGGGUCCAGAAAUGAUGAGGUGGCAUACUCAUGUGGCAGAGGGGGUUCCCACAAUGCUGACGUGGCAGGUGGGCCCCACAUUGCUGAUGUGGUAAUUUUGGGCUUCAAUUUAGGGUUUAUUGUUGCUUUUGAAGGUAAUUACAAAGAUGUAGGAGAGCUCAGUAAUUUUUUAGGAACAAUAGCUAGGGAUAAUGUGUCGCUCACUUACGUGAAUUGGCACGUUGUUCCCGACCAAUUGAAGCAAAAAUUAUGGGAAUAUACUUUGGCCAGGUUUGAUAUUCAUGAAGAUGGAAGGAAAUGGGUUUAUACUACACUUAGUGUUGCUUGGAAGUUACACAAGGCUCGUGUGAAGAAGGCUUAUUACACUAAAAAUGACAAUGUUGAGGAAAGAUUGGAGAAUAGACCAGAUCGGGUUCCAUUGGAGGAUUUUAAAAUGCUGUUGAAGUAUUGGGGGGAUGCAAAAGUUCAGAAAAUUGGUAGAGAUAAUGCAGAGAGUCGUAAAUCAUUGCUUGAGACGCACACAUUGGGUCGUAAACCUGUGGCCCUUGUAAUUGAAAAACUGAAAAAGGAUGAUCCAAAUCUUGAGCAUCCAAGCGACGCUCAAAUAAAUUCACUUACUCGUAAGCGGGAUAAAGGACGGGAGUACAAGUCAGAUACUGACAAAAUGAAGAAGAAACUUGAAAAAAUUGAGAAGUUGAUAGAACAGGGAAAGGAGGAUGAAGCAAAUGCAAUCGCUUCUAAUGGAAAGGAUCAUGGACCAAACUAG